CAGAACUUUAUUCCUCCCAAAAAGGCCAAGACGUUCCUGCAGUUAGUGUGGGAGGCGCUCCAGGACGUCACGCUGAUCAUCUUGGAAAUCGCAGCCAUAAUCUCCCUGGGCCUGUCCUUCUACCACCCUCCAGGCGGUGACAAUGAACUGUGUGGCCAGUCGACGGGUGGCGUGGAGGACGAGGGCGAGUCGCAGGCUGGCUGGAUUGAGGGGGCAGCUAUCUUGUUUUCGGUGAUCAUCGUGGUACUAGUGACCGCUUUCAAUGACUGGAGCAAGGAGAAGCAAUUCCGGGGCCUCCAGAGCCGCAUCGAGCAGGAGCAGAAGUUCACGGUCAUCCGCAAAGGGCAGGUGAUUCAGAUCCCAGUGGCCGAGAUCGUGGUGGGAGACAUCGCACAGAUCAAGUACGGGGAUCUCUUGCCAGCAGACGGGAUCCUGAUCCAGGGCAAUGACCUGAAGAUAGAUGAGAGCUCGCUGACUGGGGAGUCAGACCAAGUCAAGAAAUCGCUGGAUAAAGACCCCAUGCUGCUGUCGGGUACCCACGUGAUGGAGGGCUCUGGCAGGAUGGUGGUGACUGCUGUGGGUAUCAACUCCCAGACAGGAAUCAUCUUCACUCUCUUGGGUGCGGGAGAAGGAGACGAGGAAAAGAAGGUGAAGAAAGGUAAAAAAACCGGAGCCCCCGAAAAUCGCAACAAAG